AACUUCAUAACCAAACAAAUUUUUUUUUUUUUUCUUGUUAUCAAGAAAAAAAUAACCCAAACAAGCAACUUAUAAAUCAAUUUUUCCUUUUUUUUUUCUUUAACGACCCUUUCUUUUUUCUUUAACGAAAACCCAUCUUUUUUUUCUUAAAAACACUUUUAACGAAAAAAAUACCUUAACGACCAAAAAACAUUCUUACGAACUCUUUACGACUCCAAAAAAAACUCUUUACCCCUUUUUUUUUUACUUACUCAAAACAAAACAAAUUUUAUUAAACAUGCCUAUCAACGCUGGUAUUAACGGUUUCGGUCGCAUUGGCCGCAUUGUCUUACGUGCUUCUCUUGAAAACCCUCAAGUAAAGGUCGUUGCUAUUAACGAUCCCUUUAUUGACCUUGACUACAUGGUCUACAUGUUCAAGUAUGAUUCUACUCACGGCCGCUUCAAGGGCACUGUUGAGAAGAAAGACGGCAAGCUCGUCGUCAACGGUCAUCCAAUCUCAGUCUACACUGAACGUGAUCCCUCCAAGAUCCCUUGGGGUCAAGACGGUGCUGACUACGUGGUUGAAUCCACUGGUGUGUUCACUACCAAGGACGCUGCCUCUGCUCAUUUGAAGGGUGGCGCUAAAAAAGUUAUCAUCUCGGCUCCCUCUGCUGAUGCGCCCAUGUUCGUUGUCGGCGUCAAUUUGGACAAGUAUACCUCAGAUCUCGAGGUUAUUUCCAACGCCUCCUGUACUACCAAUUGUCUAGCACCUUUGGCUAAGGUUAUUCAUGAUAACUUUGGUAUCCUAGAAGGUCUCAUGACUACAGUUCAUGCUACUACGGCGACUCAAAAAACAGUCGAUGGUCCCUCUAACAAAGACUGGAGAGGUGGUCGUGGCGCAGGUGCAAAUAUUAUUCCUUCAUCAACUGGUGCUGCGAAAGCAGUAGGAAAGGUCAUCCCUGAACUUAACGGAAGACUUACUGGUAUGGCUUUCAGAGUCCCUACUCCGGAUGUAUCUGUAGUGGAUUUGACUGUUCGACUAGAAAAGCCAGCCUCCUAUGAUGAAAUUAAAGCUGUUCUUAAGAAGGCGUCAGAAAGCGAUUCCCUAAAGGGAAUUUUGGGCUACAUCGAGGAUGAGGUCGUUAGUACUGAUUUUAUCAGUGAUAGCCAUUCGUCCAUCUUUGAUGCGAAAGCAGGUAUUCAGCUAUCUCCAACUUUUGUCAAACUCAUCAGUUGGUAUGAUAAUGAGUACGGUUACUCAACGAGAGUUAUCGAUUUGUUAGUGUACGUUGCUGGGAAGGAUGGUGCUGUGUAAAGACUCCUGUAUUUUAUUUUAUCACCUGUACUUUUAUUUUUCUUUACCCCCAACAACCAACCAACCAACAAAACCAAAAAAACAUUCAGAAAAACAACUUUCAUACCCAAAAAAAACUCUUUUUUUGACCCCCACACUUUCUUUAACUUCUUUCAUCCUCCCGAAUCUCUCCCUCCCUACCUCUCAUCUCACUUGAAAUUUCAUUAUGAACCCCAUCUGUAUGUCGUAUACCUCAUCAAAACUCAUGCCAACAUUUUUUUUUUCUUUUCACCUAUUUUAUGUGAUCUCCGUAUUGUAUAUGCUUAAUUUUUUUUAUUUAGUUUUACAACUAUAAAACUAAUAAUAAUAAAUUACAUUUUCCUAAAAAUAACUCGUUCUUAUUGUUACAUUA